UCGUCAGGUGUUCCUCUCUCCUCCUCUUCUUCUCCUCUUGUUAUGACCCAUUCGAGAAGUGGACGCCACCAAGACCGAUACACCAGGAUGAACGGUGAGCUGAGAGCUGGUCGUGCCGCCACAACCAAGAGAGGAAACGGUGCCAUUGACAGAUCUGAUUAUGACAUGGAGUAUGACAGAUACCCUGGUGACCACUACAACCGCGUGUUUGACAACCAGCGAGUCCCCUCAUCAGUCUCAGCGGAUCCCAGUCCUGUAAAACAGCCCCGUCCUUCAUCCUCCUCCUCCUCCUCCUCCUCAUCAUCCACAGCCGCUCUGAGAAUGAGGAGCAGCAGGCCGUCCAGAAGGAGCGACAACUCACACACCUCCACCUCCAGCAGCAGCAGCAAAUUGAGAAUGGCGGAGCUUCUGGCCAUCAAAAGGGAGCUGACGGUGAUCAAGGUUCAGAUCGAUGGGCUGUUGGACUGCGUAGACAAGAUGGACAGACAGAGGAAGGACUGCUCAGAGUGUCCUCAGAGCAGGGAGCCCAGUGUGUCAGACUCUUCUCGCCGAGGUUCAGUCAGCAGUCUGGAGAGAGAGAGCCCAGAGCCAGGGGAGGCCAGUGAGGACGAGCCGCUGCACUACCAGCACUACCACCCCCACAGCUACACCCACAGGAUAAAGCAGUCUGAUCAGGAGGACGACCUGUGAGGCUGCAGCUCAGGUAUGAAGGGGAAACAGACGCUCGGACCUGGAACAGCUGGGAUGGACGAUGCUUCACGAUGAUGCUGGCACCAUGACCUGCACCUGGACUGACCGCUGCAUGCCUGAAUUUUCCUAUUUUGUCUCAGUUUUUUUUUUAAUUAUGUUUCACUAUCAGCACUCAUGGUUUGCAGCACACAGUGAUGAUAAAAUCUCCGACACAUUCCCGACAGUCUCCUGACUCCAGUGCACCACGUUCACAUCUCCACACUUUAUCUGAACAUCACAGAAAAAAAACAUACUGAUGGUUUUGCAUGGUACUACAGUAUACUACAGUUCAUUAUGCAGUAAAACUUAACUAAAUACCUCAUCACAGUGAGCAUAUUAUUUUGCUUUGAUAUCAGUGCUCACCAAAAAGCACAGUAUUUUUGGGCUGCAUGGUUACAGUCAUGAGCCUAUCGGGUUUGGUCCUGAACUUUUGGGGCUGCUUCAUCGCCCUGAUCUUACCUCCAUGUUGGACUCAUCACUGUUAUUAAAGUCUGUGCGCAGCAGCUGGCGGCUCUUAUCACACAGUUUAUUUUCGUCAGGCCUGUUUUCAUUAUGUGUAACCAGCUGUGUGACCACAUUAUGCGUCUGUGGUAGAGGCUCAGUGAGCACACUUUUAUGACUUUCUGGGUAAAUCACAUUGUUCAGUCCAGUCAGGAAAUCAGUUAUAAAGUCACAUACGGGCCCGGACAAUUUCCUGAAAUGAGCAUUAGCUCUGAGUAAUAACUGCAUGUAGUAGAUAUGAAGAGGAAAAUUAAAUUUUUCUAACAUUAUGACUGAUUGCUGGUUUCAUGAGAUUGUUUCAGUUUAGGUUAAUGGAUCAGUCUGCAGGUACAGGUGGCUGCUGCUCAGAUAUCUGGCUGAAUAAAAAGGUUCAGUCUGCAGUCAUAUUAAUAAGAAGGUACUCCCUCUCAGUUCUAAGGUGUUACAUAUCAGAACAUAAUUAAAACAAAUCUGGUCCCCAGCAGAGAAAUACGUCAGCCCUGCAGAUUACAGAGUGUCAUUAUUUAUUUAACUAAGAAAUUAAAUCCAGAAGCAGUGUCUGAAAAACUAAGUACACCUUUAAGCAGCAGCUUGAUGGAGUGGCCAUCAGCAGGGGUGAGCACCUCUGUGAAAGCAGAUGUUUCUGCAGUUUGCUGCUCUGGAGCGUUCAGGUGUGCGAGCACAGCGCCGAUGGGGAAAGACAUCAGCAGUGAUCUUUGGUGCCCAUCAGUCUGGGAGGGUCACAAGGCCAUUUGAAGUCCAUCAUUCUGCAGUGAAAAAGAUUAUUCACGAGUGGGAAACACUGAAGACUGUCUCAGUAAAUUCACCCUAAGCUCAGACAAGGGAACAAACCAAGAGCUCCAUCACUCUACAGGCCUCAGUCAGCAUGUUAAAGGUUAAAGGUCAUGACAGCACAGUUAGAAAGAGACUGAACAGGUCUGGCUGGUUGGAAGGGCUGCAGCAGAAAGCCUCUUCUCUCUGAAAGAACAUGGCAGCACAGCUCAGGUCUGCAAAGCUGCAUCUGAACAAACACAAAGACUUCUGGAACAAACAGAC